UGCAGGUCCUUGGUGGAUUCCCAGGUCUCUUUGGUUGUCAUGGGUUACAGGCACAACAGCACAGGAACCUAUCACUGCACGAGUAUCUUAGCAUGGGUCUUCUUAAAGAUGCUGGCAUCUCAAUACCUAAAGGCUAUGUUGCAAGAACGCCAGAAGAGGCUUAUACUGUAGCUAAAGAAAUAGGUUCAAAGGAUUUGGUAGUUAAAGCACAAGUGUUGGCUGGUGGUCGAGGCAAGGGGACCUUUGAAGGUGGUCUUAAAGGAGGAGUGAAGAUUGUAUAUUCUCCCGAAGAAGCCAAAGCCAUUUCCUCACAGAUGAUUGGAAAGAAGUUGUUUACGAAACAGACAGGAGAAAAGGGCAGGAUAUGUAACCAUGUGUUCAUCUGCGAGCGCAGAUAUCCCAGGAGAGAGUAUUACUUCGCAAUUACCAUGGAAAGGUCAUUUCAAGGUCCUGUAUUGAUUGGAAGUUCUCAAGGUGGAGUUAACAUUGAAGAUGUUGCUGCUGAAAAUCCAGAUGCUAUUGUGAAAGAGCCUAUUGACAUAGUAGAAGGCAUCCAAAAAGAACAAGCUGUUAGGCUUGCACAGAAAAUGGGUUUCCCAGAGAACAUUAUAGAUGAGGCAGCUGCGUGCAUGAUCAACUUGUAUAAUCUGUUCAUGAAGUAUGAUGCUACAAUGGUGGAAAUUAACCCCAUGGUAGAAGAUUCUUCAGGAGUAGUUAUGUGCAUGGAUGCAAAAAUAAAUUUUGACUCCAAUGCGGCAUAUCGCCAAAAGACCAUUUUUGAUCUCCGAGACUGGUCACAGGAAGAUGAACGAGACCAACAAGCAGCGAAAGCUGACCUCAACUAUAUAGGUCUGGAUGGAAAUAUUGGAUGUCUCGUAAACGGUGCUGGCCUGGCUAUGGCAACGAUGGAUAUUAUAAAGCUUCAUGGAGGAACUCCAGCAAACUUCUUAGAUGUUGGUGGUGGAGCAACCGUUCAGCAAGUAACAGAAGCUUUUAGGCUCAUCACCUCUGACAAAAAGGUACUGGCUAUACUGGUUAACAUUUUUGGUGGUAUUAUGAGAUGUGAUGUAAUUGCACAAGGAAUCAUAAUGGCUGUAAAGGAUCUGGAACUCAGGAUACCCAUUGUGGUCCGUUUACAAGGUACAAGGGUCGAUGAUGCUAAAGCACUUAUAACAGCCAGUGGGCUGAAGAUUCUUGCAUGUGAUGAUCUGGAUGAAGCUGCAAAAAUGGUUGUCAAACUGUCAGAAAUUGUAACCUUGGCAAAACAAGCGCAAGUGGAUGUCAAAUUUCAGUUGCCUAUCUAA